CACGCUGGAAAGAUAAUACAGGCCAGGAAGCCCCAGGCACAGCAGGGUGGAAAAGCUAGAUCCCGAUUCUGCCGGAGGGGGGCCCCUUCGAGGUCCCGGGCACCGGGUGCCAGGAUCAGAGAAACUGACUGAAACCUAGCUGACCUGCCCAGACCAUGGCAUCCUGGGGACUCCUUGUGGCUGGCGCUUCCUUCACGGCGUUUCGGGGACUGCACUGGGGGCUGCAGCUGCUGCCCACCCCGAAAUCUGUUCGGGACCGCUGGAUGUGGCGGAACAUUUUCGUUUCGCUGAUACACAGCCUACUCUCUGGAGUAGGGGCGCUGGUCGGGCUGUGGCAGUUUCCUCAAAUGGUCACCGACCCAAUUAAUGAUCACCCACCGUGGGCACGGGUCCUAGUAGCAGUGUCAGUGGGUUAUUUCGCUGCAGAUGGAGUUGAUAUGCUGUGGAACCAGACAUUGGCCCAGGCCUGGGACCUUCUCUGUCACCAUUUGGCGGUAGUGAGCUGCCUCAGCACCGCUGUUGUGUCUGGCCACUAUGUGGGCUUCUCUAUGGUAUCCCUGCUUCUGGAGCUGAACUCCAUCUGUUUGCAUCUACGGAAGCUACUGCUGCUCUCCCAUAAGGCCCCAUCCUUGGCCUUCAGAGUAAGCAGUUGGGCCAGCCUGGCCACCCUGGUCCUCUUCCGCCUUCUGCCUCUGGGAUGGAUGAGUCUGUGGUUGUCCCGGCAGCACUACCAGCUGUCUCUUGCUCUGGUUCUGCUUUGUGUGGCUGGGCUGGUCACCGUGGGCAGCAUAAGCAUCUCCACAGGGAUCCGAAUUCUGACCAAGGAUAUCUUGCAGUCUCAGCCCUACCCGUUUAUCCUCAUGCACAAGGAAACCAAGACACGUGAGCCUGUUGCCAGGAACACUUCCACUCUCAGUCUGAAAGGCUCCAGAUACCUGUACUCCACUGCUGCUGCUGCUCUUGGUGGUCAUCUCAUGGUACUGGCAUCUCCAAAACGCUGCAUGACCCCUUCAGUCCUGGGCCUUCAAGAGAGAAGACUAGAGCCUGGCAAAGUGGCACAUGCUGAUAAUGCUAGCACUUGGGAAUGACAAGCAGAAGGAUCAGAAGUUCAAGGCCAGCCUGGGCUACAAGAGACUCUGUUUCAACAAACAAACAAACAAACAAACCAAAGAAGAGAAAGAAAAAACUGGACAUGACAGCCGGAACAUUAUCUGACAUUCAUAAGGUCCUGAGUUCAAUGCCAAGUUGGCAGUGCCUAGUUUGAUAAGGGUCUAGCCACUCUGGUAAUACCAUGGCUGACUGAACACCUUACCCAGCAACUUGCUGAUAGACUCUGCCUUCCAGCAAAAGGGAGGAGCUUCGCUGAGGAGAGAACAUUGAACCCUAUUGUAUAUGAAUAAAUUGCUGUGCAAAUGAUUUCAUCA